AUGAAGCCAAUCGGCGGGAUCAUCACGAGCAAAAAGUCUAUCCCAGACAACUUUCGACAGGUAGAAACAUUUACGACGGAAUAUUUGAGUAAACUAUGGAAGAUCUACACUAUCAACCGCGAUGUCCUCGAUAAAGGCCGCCGUCUAGAGAAUCUUUUCUGGCGGAUAUGGGGCAGCGAACGAAUGAAUCGGAACUUUUCCGGGCAGAAGGUUUCCCAAAUAUUUACAAUGAUCUUCGAAAGCGAAUCCGGAUUUGAACUUAGAAGACCACCUCCUCGGCCAAUCCGCGCAGCUCUUCCGCCACCCUCAUCCCCAUCAUUGAUGGCUGAUAUAGACACUCUCAACAGCCCCCGCCCAAGCCUGGAGAUAGAAUGCCCUCCAACCCCACCGCCUAGCCCAGUACCCCCUGUUACGUCAGUUGUAGGAUUCCAGUUAGGGACAAGCUACUUAUCGAAGCUUCCCUCGCAAACAGCCAUCACCGCAUCGUUGCGGAAGAAAUUCCCAGACGCUCCUCCUUCGCCACCAAUACCUUCUCGGUCUCCAGUAAUUGCAUCAACGCCAAUACCAUCUAUAGAGGAAGUUGAAGACACAAUAUCUCCACAGCUCCCGCCGCCGCUACCUUCAAAAUCAAACUUAACAGUAACCAUUGUUGCAAACGUUCAAGUCAGCCCCGGUGGCGCCGCCUCAUAUACCACAGUUGCAUCCGCUUCGGAUUCUUCGGAAGGCCCCAAAGCCAGCAAAGUUCGAAAAGCUAAAUCUGAUCGCCCACCGCCUCGUGGACGUCGGAAAAUCGUCGCAACAAAGGCGACGACCACCAAAGCGACAACAGGGCGGACUACAGUGGCGUCUAAGAAGAACAUGCUGCGGCCGGCAUUGCCAAAACGGAAGAGUAGUAGUUCUUCGAAUACAGCGGUUAACACGGCGGUCUCGAGCCCGAGUAAUACGCUAACGGUUGACGUUGCGCGGUCAUUGCCGUCGUCGAGUCAGCAGAGACAGGACAGGAAACGGAAUUCUUCAACGGAAGGGGAUGACGAGGAAUCGAGGAGGAAGGGCGAUGCUGUAGGAAGUGGAUGGGUUGUGGACCCAGAUUUCAGAACGAAGUACCUAGAGCAGAAAAACAAGGAGAAGCUGGGAACUUUGACGAAAGAUGUUUCGGCAAUUGCUAUGAGUGAAGCUGUGACCAAGAAUUCAAGGAGGGUAAAAGGAAAGAAUGUUCGAGUGGUUGAUGAAAUUGUACCAUUGAAGGGACUGUCGGAGGAUAUGGGAGACGCUCAGGUGGCACCUAUUGUCACCGUGCGUGAUGUGGAAGUUGAUGAUCAGGCAUCAAAUCUACCACGACGGAAAUCCGAAUUAACACUGCUAUUCGAGGGAGCGAAGAAGGCCGGAGAAAAGAACGGGAAGGAGCGCAGCACCAAGAAGGUGCAAGUAAUAAUUGAAGGAGAGAUCCGGCGGUAA